GGAGAGGACUGGAGAAGAUAACCAUCGACGGAGGAGGCGGCCGGCCCGCGGGACCCGAAGAGCGGCAAGUUAACAUGCAGAUCUUUGUGAAAACGCUUACUGGGAAGACUAUUACAUUAGAAGUUGAACCAAGUGACACAAUUGAGAAUGUCAAAGCUAAAAUCCAGGACAAGGAGGGCAUUCCUCCAGACCAACAGAGAUUGAUAUUUGCUGGCAAACAGCUUGAAGAUGGCCGCACCCUGUCUGACUACAACAUUCAGAAAGAAUCCACCUUGCACUUGGUUCUCCGCCUGAGAGGUGGCAUGCAAAUAUUUGUGAAAACCCUCACUGGCAAGACCAUUACCCUGGAAGUUGAGCCAAGUGACACAAUUGAGAAUGUAAAGGCCAAAAUCCAGGACAAGGAGGGCAUUCCUCCAGACCAACAGAGGUUGAUAUUUGCUGGCAAACAGCUUGAAGAUGGCCGCACUCUCUCAGACUACAACAUUCAGAAAGAAUCCACCUUGCACUUGGUUCUCCGCCUGAGAGGUGGCAUGCAAAUUUUUGUGAAAACCUUGACCGGUAAAACAAUUACUCUAGAAGUUGAACCAAGUGAUACUAUUGAGAACGUGAAAGCUAAAAUUCAAGAUAAAGAAGGCAUUCCCCCAGACCAGCAGAGAUUGAUAUUUGCUGGCAAACAGCUUGAAGAUGGCCGCACCCUGUCUGACUACAACAUUCAGAAAGAAUCCACCUUGCACCUGGUUCUCCGCCUGAGAGGUGGCAUGCAAAUAUUUGUGAAAACCCUCACUGGCAAGACCAUUACCCUGGAAGUUGAGCCAAGUGACACAAUUGAGAAUGUAAAGGCCAAAAUCCAGGACAAGGAGGGCAUUCCUCCAGACCAACAGAGGUUGAUAUUUGCUGGCAAACAGCUUGAAGAUGGCCGCACUCUCUCAGACUACAACAUUCAGAAAGAAUCCACCUUGCACUUGGUUCUCCGCCUGAGAGGUGGCAUGCAAAUUUUUGUGAAAACCUUGACCGGUAAAACAAUUACUCUGGAAGUUGAACCAAGUGAUACUAUUGAGAACGUGAAAGCUAAAAUUCAAGAUAAAGAAGGCAUUCCCCCAGACCAGCAGAGAUUGAUAUUUGCUGGCAAACAGCUUGAAGAUGGCCGCACCCUGUCUGACUACAACAUUCAGAAAGAAUCCACCUUGCACCUGGUUCUCCGCCUGAGAGGUGGCAUGCAAAUAUUUGUGAAAACCCUCACUGGCAAGACCAUUACCCUGGAAGUUGAGCCAAGUGACACAAUUGAGAAUGUAAAGGCCAAAAUCCAGGACAAGGAGGGCAUUCCUCCAGACCAACAGAGGUUGAUAUUUGCUGGCAAACAGCUUGAAGAUGGCCGCACUCUCUCAGACUACAACAUUCAGAAAGAAUCCACCUUGCACUUGGUUCUCCGCCUAAGAGGAGGUAUGCAAAUUUUCGUGAAAACCCUCACUGGCAAGACAAUUACCCUGGAAGUUGAACCAAGUGAUACUAUUGAGAAUGUGAAAGCUAAAAUUCAAGAUAAAGAAGGCAUUCCCCCAGACCAACAGAGGUUGAUAUUUGCUGGCAAACAGCUUGAAGAUGGCCGCACUCUCUCAGACUACAACAUUCAGAAAGAAUCCACCUUGCACUUGGUUCUCCGCCUGAGAGGUGGCAUGCAAAUUUUUGUGAAAACCUUGACCGGUAAAACAAUUACUCUGGAAGUUGAACCAAGUGAUACUAUUGAGAACGUGAAAGCUAAAAUUCAAGAUAAAGAAGGCAUUCCCCCAGACCAGCAGAGAUUGAUAUUUGCUGGCAAACAGCUUGAAGAUGGCCGCACCCUGUCUGACUACAACAUUCAGAAAGAAUCCACCUUGCACUUGGUUCUCCGCCUCAGAGGUGGCAUGCAAAUAUUUGUGAAAACCCUCACUGGUAAGACCAUUACCCUGGAAGUUGAGCCAAGUGACACAAUUGAGAAUGUAAAGGCCAAAAUCCAGGACAAGGAGGGCAUUCCUCCAGACCAACAGAGGUUGAUUUUUGCUGGCAAACAGCUUGAAGAUGGCCGCACCUUGUCUGACUAUAAUAUUCAGAAAGAAUCCACUUUACAUCUUGUCCUGCGUCUGAGAGGUGGCAUGCAGAUCUUUGUGAAGACCCUCACUGGCAAGACUAUUACUUUGGAAGUGGAGCCAAGUGACACCAUUGAAAACGUGAAGGCCAAAAUCCAGGAUAAGGAAGGUAUUCCUCCAGAUCAACAAAGAUUAAUCUUUGCUGGCAAGCAGCUUGAAGAUGGCCGCACUUUGUCAGACUAUAACAUUCAGAGAAUCCACUCUGCACCUGGUCUUGCGUUUGAGGGGUGGUAUCUAAUCCGUGACAAUCGUCAAGUGCUACAAUGUUCUAAACACCCAUGCAUUUGUUGCGCUUUGUUUCAAUAAAGUUCUUGCAUUCCAAAA